GGAAGUAUAUUCAGUAUGCUUUCCAUAUUGCUAAUUAUCUGUACCCUGCGGUUGUGGGUAAUAGCUGUCGAUAACGGUGAGAAUUUAGAGCUUUCAUUUGUUCCGAAAUGCAACCCUCUUAUUCAUUGCGACGCAUAUUUUUCUGUGGCGGGUUUUGCCGAGGUAAACUGGCUGGAAGCCAACUUUAUAUGUAAUAGAGUGGGAGCCGUUUUAGCAACGGUAAGAAAUGAGGAACAGCAUCAACUAAUGCUUCACUACGUACAUAAGAAAGAAUUUUUCUUUGGAAACCAAACUUUCUGGAUGGGCGCCACAAAUAUGGUGGAGCACAGCUACUUUUGGACUUGGCUGAGUACUGGCAUCCCCGUAACUUACGCUCAGUGGGCAAACGAGGAACCCAAGUCCGAUCAGACUGGCAAAGACGCCUGUUUGAUCCUAGGAGCAGACCUUUUGUGGCACAGUGCUCCAUGUAAUGAAAAGCAUAAUUUCAUCUGCGAAAAUGUUUGCCUACUAAAGUAUACAUCGUUAGACAAAAAGGUUUAUAUCUAAAACGGUAUAUUGAAGUUUAGAAAUGGCUAUUUCAACUUAAAAAUAUCAAUUAAAAUUUCUACAAAAAAGUAUUUAAAAAAUAAAAGAGGUUUUAUGAAAGCAAUCCCAAACAGCAAAUAAA